AUGAGUCGUGCACAGGGUGCAAACCGAUCAUUCUUCCCUUUUGGAAAUCCUUUUAGGAUGAUAUCUCCUAAAGGCACGAAACCAUCCUCACAACUUCUGUCAGUAUUACAUGCUUUUGAAGCAACUUUGGAAGAGAGGCUGAAAAAGCUCAUUCCAAAUAGCAAAGAUGAGAUCCUUAGCUUGUCUUGGAUGACUUUGGCCAUGCAGGCACUUUGUGAGAGUCAUAAUGACAUUAAAACACUCAUGACAGAGCUUGAGCUGCCUGUCCAUGAUUGGGAUGAGAAAUGGAUAGAUUUGUACUUGGACAUUAGCGUGAAGUUGCUAGAUAUAUGCAAUGCAUUUAGCUCUGAAUUAUCACGUCUGAGCCAGGGUCAUCUUUUCCUUCAGUGUGUGUUGCACAAUUUAGGUUCUUCCACUUCAGAGCAGUAUGUUCGGGCAUGUUCUUCACUUGAUGGUUGGAAACAGCAUAUUGGUUCGGGAAACCCUAGGAUUGAGAAAUGUGGAAGCAUUUUGAAUGAUCUUUUGGGAUCGCUUGAUCUUCCCAAGGUUAAAAAAUCUACGAAAGGGAAGGUUUUGAUGCAAGCUAUGUAUGGAGUAAAGGUGCUGUCAGUAUUUGUAUGCAGUGUGUUUGCUGUGGCUUUUUCAGGCACCACAAAGAAUAUGUCAGCUUUGGAUGUGUCUGAGAUAUAUUCUUGGGCCCCAACGUUUAAAAGGUUGCAAGAUCUUGUAAAUGAGGAAAUUAGGGUUAGAUUUUCAAGUGAAAGAUUUACUGUACUGAAUGAGUUGGAAUCUGUUGAUUCAUCUGUAAAGGAAUUGUAUCCUAUUAUCCAGGUUGUUGUAGAUCCCGUUGAGAUGCAGUCAUUUACGAAGAUUGUUGCGGAAUUAGGCAGAUCAACAGAGAAGCUUUCACAGGGACUAGAUCUUCUUACAAAGGAAGUUGAUAACUUUUUUCAAGUGGUCUUGACUGGUCGUGAUGCCUUGCUUUCUAAUCUGAGGUCGGUUGCUACUGAUAUUCAUCGCAACAGCAGGUGUAACGGAGAUGGACAGAUAGUCAAUUGA